GGAAACUUUGAGCAGAUAUCUGGAAUCAUACAACCGGAGCGACUAACACAUUCGCUGUGAUAUUUAUUUGGAUAGUAUUUGGAAAUAUGUCGAAAUCGUUGAAAUCUUCUAAAAGCUCCAGCUCCCGUGAGGAUGAAACCAAUUUGAUCAACUUUUCCUUUUGCGAUCACAAAUCCAGCUUCAGACAUUUGCUCCAAGGGGAUGAUAAGUAUUUGGCUCCUAUAGUAGAAGAUGAGGCAGAUUUUUGGAAGUUCGCCAAUAAAUAUGAAAGCAUGCUUAGAAAUGCUGGACAACCAAUUCUUAUUAAGCCCUUGCAUGACGCUGAUAUGUAUGAUCAAGAAACAUUUCACAAACGCAAAUAUAUAUCAUUGGAAUUAGAACGGGGUACCAAAUGGGAACAAUUAAGACGAGGUUGUCACAGUAGCGACGAAAAUAUAUUUACAAAACAGAGAGCCCGACAGUUCAGAGAAAUUGUGCUUACUUAUUUGGACUUCAAGCAAAAGGAGAAAUUUGGAAAAAUUAAACAAUUGCGUAAAGCACAAAAAUCACUACCAAUUUCUCGCUUCAAGCAAAAAAUAGAGGAGGAGCUGAAGCGAACACGAGUACUGAUCAUUGCUGGUGACACCGGAUGUGGAAAAUCCACGCAGGUGCCUCAGUUCUUAUAUGAGUUUGGAUAUCGUAGCAUAGCUUGUACACAGCCACGCCGUUUGGCAUGCGUCUCGCUGUCAAAGCGUGUGGCGCAUGAAAUGCUGGAUGACUAUGGUUCAAAAGUUGGUUUUCAGAUACGAUUCGAAAAAAAUAAAACCAAGAAUACAAAUAUACUAUUCAUUACCGAAGGCUUAUUACUGAGACAAUUGGCAGUGGAAACAAAUUUAGAGCAAUACGAUGUUCUCAUAUUGGAUGAAAUACACGAACGUAAUCUAUUUGGCGACUUCUUGUUGGGAGUUACAAAAUGCUUGCUGCAUGCUAAGCCAGAGCUAAAGCUAAUACUUAUGUCGGCAACCAUAAAUGUAAACUUGUUUUACAAUUACUUCGAGAAUGAAGGGUCUGCGCUAAUUGAGGUACCUGGAAGAUUAUAUCCAAUAAAAACCAUGUUUAUGCCUCCUGCAAGUUUGGAAUUGAAAGGUGGCGCUGGAGGCAGUAAGAGUUCUUCCAAAAGCUCCAAUCGUUUGGAUCCAGCACCAUACAUACAGGUGCUAAGCUUGAUAGAUCAGAAAUAUCCGACCACGGAACGUGGAGACGUACUGAUCUUUGUCAGUGGUGUAAACGAAAUCGCUAUAGUUUGCGAUGCAGCCAAGGAAUACUCUGAGCAAAAUUCCCAUUGGAUUAUAUUACCUUUGCACAGUGGUUUGGCUUUAGCUGAUCAAGAUAAAGUUUUCGACUACGCUCCUGAGGGCAUGCGUAAAUGCAUAGUAUCCACAAAUAUUGCUGAAACGUCGCUCACAGUGGAUGGUGUGCGUUUUGUUAUCGAUUCGGGCAAGGUGAAGGAAAUGAGUUAUGAUGCUAGUUGCAAAGGUCAACGACUAAAAGAAUUUUGGGUAUCGAAAUCAUCAGCUGAGCAGCGUAAAGGACGUGCUGGCCGUACUGGACCGGGCACCUGCUUCCGUCUCUUCUCAGAGAAGCAAUAUGCCGCAUUCGAAGCGUAUCCAACUCCAGAAAUCUUCCGUGUUCCACUAGAAACAAUACUUUUGCAAAUGAUUGCAAUGGGAUUGCCAAAUGUACGCUCAUUUCCGUUCAUUGAAUCCCCGGAAGAGGAAUCCAUUGAACAAGCCAUAUGGUCCUUGAAGCAGCAUAAUGCACUAGCUGUUGAUGAAAAAAUAACACCAUUAGGCAGGUCACUUUCAAACUUACCAGUGGAUAUAACAAUUGGCAAAAUGCUGCUCAUGGGUUGUGUUUUUCCUGAUAUUGAAAAAAUAUUAACUUUAGCAGCCACGAUGAGCGUACAAAAUCCGUUUACAAAUCGCGCCUAUACGGAUCGCAAGUGUGAGCAAGAAAGAGAGCCUCUGCAAUCCGACCAAGGCGACAUAUUCACGCUUUUGCGGGCUUACAAUGAGUGGUUGGAACUUAAAUGGAAUAAUGAAAAUACCAGGAAGUGGUGUCAUAAACUGGGAAUUGAAGAGCAGCGUUUCUAUGAGAUCACUAAAUUGCGUAACCAAUUUCAAAACAUUCUCGAAAGUUGUAAUAUGACAUGCAAAAACGAGGAUACCACUCAGCUAACAAGCUCUGAGCGUGCGCGUCGUCACGGUGAAGUGCGCCAGCUAAGAGCUAUGAAGCGUAAACAGAAAUAUCAGGAGCCUCGGAAGCGAAAGAUUCUUAAGCAUAUCAGCUACGGUGGAGAUGAAGAGUUCGAUGAUGCCGCUGCUGGCGAUGAUAUACGUGAUGUAGAUUUUCGGCUGCAACACGAUGCCGGAAAAUUAGAAAUUCUCUUACACUCUUCCAAAGUGGAUAAAUUACGCGAUGUACUAUUGCUGAAGCUAAUUAUAGUUAGUGGCUUUUAUCCACAAAUUGCUAUCGCCGACGAAUUCAACUACUGCAAAAGCGGCAGUCAACAGUUCUUUCACACCUUUCUCAAACCUUUUAUAUCCAUACAUCCAAAUGCAUAUUUUGCAAAGUAUUAUGAUGUACUGAAACUUAAUGAUAGCGACAUCUUAGACAAACCAAACUAUUAUACACCAAAACAGUUGCUUAGUACACGGCAUCAGGUGUUGUGCUAUCAGAAUUUGCUAGAGACGGCGAAGCCUUAUUUGAUGAAUUGCAUUCGUAUGCCAGCUGCUCAAGCUCUACUCCUAUUUUCCUAUUCAGUCGAUACGAAUGCGUCAGUAACACGCAUAGUGUGUGAUUCAUGGUUAUGCUUGGAAUUUCCUGUGCCUGAAACGGGCUGUGAGCUCCUAUGCCGCGCCAUCAAACUCCGCAGGCUGUGGGCCAAACUAUUGUCACAAAAACUGACUGAUUUAGCCAACAAUGUAGAAAGUCAAAGUAUUAAAAAAGAAAAACCCGCCAAGGAUGAGGAGGGCGAACUUUGGGAAUCGCUCAUAGAUUUUAUGAGUGUCAAUGUAAGCUACACAAUAAAACGUUUGCUGCCAGCUGAUUUGAAAUCGCUUUACACGCACAUAAAGCUUAAUUCUGAGUUAUUAAGCAACAAUCCAUUUGCUUCUGACUAUGCGAUUAGCGAAAAUGAUGAAAAAGGUGGUAUAAACGUUGCUGAAAAUGUGGUAUAUGGAUGUCUACAAGAAGUACAAUGGACAUUAGCAAUGGAAGCUGAGAUGCGCCAACAUACGUGGGUUUGCAAAACUUGUGAAACGGAAAUGGCUUUGGACACGAUUGAGAAAUUAUUGCACAAAAAAGCUUGCAGCACGGCUACUGCGGCUGCAGUUAAAAAACGCGAUGCAGAUUCUCCGCCCACUGCCAGCACUUCGAAGUCGGGCAAAGGUAGCGCCUACUUUUGUGAGACAUGUCAAAAGGAGCUGCACAUGAGUAAAAUUGAUAUUUUGAGACACCGAAAAUAUUGCAAUAGAACUGAUCACGAAUAGAGAAAAGUGUAGACGAAAUGUAUACAUACAUACAUAAGUAUGUAGAUCACGAUCCAGAAAAUAAUGUAUUCUAUCAUUCUUGUAUGU